GUCUGUUGAAGAUGCACUGGUCCCCGGAGCACGCCGCCCCCUUAUCUCAGUGGCCUGAGCAGCACCUAGAUGUCACCUCUACCACCUCACCGCCGUCUGCCCACAAACAUGACCCCUACGGCGCGGCUGGUCGCCGUGGCUACGGCCCUGGAGGUUACCCCUGGGCCAGUGAUGACAUAUCGGCCCUUACUGCUUCUUCUCUGCUCAAACGCUACGCUGAGAAGUACUCAGGCUUGGAGCUGGCCUACGAUCGCCCUCCUUCAGGGGCCUACCCUGAGCCUGGGACUUUCCUGAAAACUGAAUCUGAGCCAUGGGGUCGGUCAGGGCAUGGAGUGUUACCCUGGACUGGAGGCAUUAACUGGCAAGGUGGGCAUCCCACCACAGGAAGUGUGACAGUAGUGAGCAGUAACUUGGCCUCUGAGCCAGGCUUCGGUGGUGCUGGCUCCUGCGGGGCCCCGUCCUCUCAGGAUUACCCUCCUGCCUACAACAGCACCUACCUGUCCUCAGGUUACUGCCCUCAGCCCGGCGCAGCACUUCCCCCUGCCCCUCUACACUCUCUGCAGGCCACACCCACUCUAGUGCCCAGCUACAGUGCCAGCACUCCUGUCUACAACUACCCCCCAGGGUGCUACCCCCAGCCCGGCCUGUCCUCUGGAUACAGCCACCCCAGUGCCUCCUACCUGCCCCCUGGAAUCAGUGCCCCUACUCCUCUGGCCCCGAGGCCAACCAUGGUUGGGGGCGGUUACAGCUACCAAACUCACACAGCCUUGGAGGAGCUCUCCGAGGGAGGGGUGCCGCUGAAACGCAAGGCCUUCGAGAUGGCAGAGGAAAGACAGGAGGGAGCGGAAGAGGAGGGAUCCCGCUACAGAAAGUAUGGAAACGGUCAUAGCAAAAGUCACGGCAAAUGGGCAUGGCCGGGCACGGCAAACGGCUACGAUUUGAGCGUCUCUGCCUCAGACCCACAGGCCUACAAACCAGGAAAGCCCAUGAUGUCCCUCCCUAUGGCGGGGGCAGGGGACUACAGCCCCCCGUCAGGCCUGGCAGGAGAGAGUGCUUCAGCGGAGCACAGCUUUCCUCAGCAACAGAGAAUGUCUAUGAAGAUCCCCGCAUCGCACACACGAUCUGAGGACCCCGCUGCAGGGCGCUGA